AUGUCCACCACACCGCCGCCCACAACCACCACCUCCUCAGGGCCAGGCAUCACCCUCCGCCUCCCCUACAAAUACUCCCGCGACUCUUCCCACUCCUCCCAAUCACCUCCACAAACAAUCCCCUUCCCCCCCCUCUCCUUCCUCCACCGCACCUGGUCCGUAACCCACUCCACCCUCUCAAUGUGGCGUUCAGCCCGCAACGUGCGCAUCACCUACCGCCCCCUAUCCCCAACCAAGGACGGUGUGCCUCGAGUCGACGACCUAGUCGAAUACGAAUCCCUCUCCGGCUCCGGCAGCCUUAAAAGCGUCUCCGGGGUAGACACAGGGAACUGGUCCCUUGCCAACAUCAAAGAUGAUACCACAUGUUGGGACUGGCGCGGAAGUGGCUGGUUGUUCUUUGUGAGCAGUCACUGGGAAAUACUUGGGUGGGGAGAAAUAAAGGACUGGGAGACGGGGGAGGUCAAGGAGAGGUGGGUGGUUACGUGGUUCGCGCCGACGGUUUUUACAAAAGAAGGGGUGGAUGUUUAUAGUGAUUUGCGGGAGGGGGGAAGUAAGGAAAUGGUGGAGGGGGUUUUAGAAGUUUUAAAACGGGUGGUGGAGGAGGGUGGGGAGGGAACGAAGGGGUUGAGAGAGAUGGUGGAGGGGGAUAUGAGGGAGGUCAAGAUUGAGCUGCCUUGGAAGGAGAGGUCGUAA